AACCCGUCAUAGAGGUAGAACACACUGUUGGCAGUCGCGGGUGGUGUGGUGUCUGGAAGCAGCGAAAAUGCCCCGACCCUCGCGUGAGUCCUACGGGGACCAGAAGCCGCCAUACUCGUACAUUUCCCUGACGGCGAUGGCCAUCUGGAACUCCCCGGAGAAAAUGCUGCCGCUCUCCGAAAUCUACAAGUUCAUCACCGACCGGUUCCCCUAUUACCGGAAAAACACCCAGCGGUGGCAGAACUCCCUCCGGCACAACCUCUCCUUCAACGACUGCUUCAUCAAGAUCCCGCGGCGGCCCGACAGGCCCGGCAAAGGUGCGUACUGGGCCUUACACCCCGCCGCCUUCGACAUGUUCGAGAACGGCAGCCUCCUCCGGCGGCGGAAGCGCUUCAAGCUGCUGAAAAGCGACAAGGAGACGCUCGACAACGAGCUGGCCGCCCUGGCCAACAUCAACCGGUUCUUUUUCACGCCGCCGGAGAGCGCCGACUUCGCGGGCAGCCCGCCGAAGCCGGCGCGGGAGCCGUCGCCCAUCACCAAGCUCACCGACACGGGCACGUGCAUCAGGCCCAAGCGGCCCUUCACGAUCGAGAGCCUCAUCGGCCCCGACAAGCCCCAGGAGGCGCCGAACGUGCACCUAAUGGCGCGCCCGCACCCCUGGACGAUGGCCUCGUACUGCGACAUCGCGGUGGCGCCCGCCAACCUGAUGCAAUCGCCCUGUUACGGCAGCUACGCUAUUCCGCCCUGCAAAGAUCUCAUAGGACUGUCGCAGUUGGCCCUGCGCUCGAUUUGAUAGUGUUUCAGUGAACGUGCAGAACAUAGUAUUUAUAAGGUGAUCGUUCCUGUACUAUAGGCUACUAGAAAACUAAAUGUGAUAUUAUUUAAGUUGUAUAAUACUACAGAACAAAGGUGUAUUUUAUUCAUUUGUUUCCCAGCACGCGAGAAAAUUAUAUUUGGCCGUUGUUGAAUUGGCUCUUAUCACGAUACGAGCAUGUAAAUAUUUGUAUUUUAACUAUUUGCUGUUUAAGUUGUGCAAGCCAGUGUAACAUUUAUGCAAUAUGUGUUGUACAUAUACUUAAUAAAACGUAUCAAAGUCA